CGCAUUGCUAACCUGCCUUGUCAACCGUGGCUCUCUGCAGAGUGACCGAUCGCCCUGCUGGUCCACCAGACUGGGGAUGGGGUGGUCUGACCCAAACCCACAGCAUCCGCCAACGGACCGAGCAUAGUAAGUUGUAAGAACCACACUCAGGGGCUGUCUAGUGGUAAGGUGAAAGCGCGACUACCGACAAGAUAAUGGGAAUUUGAGAAUUAGCCGGGAUGGGGAGCAACUAGCAGCAAUCAAUCCCCAGCCUGAGUUGGUUAUUCUUUGCGAGUGCGUCCAGGGUUGAGCCUGCACAUAGCUUUUCCGGAGACGUCCACCUUGCAUCGACCUCGCAGAUUGUGUGGUACUGGGUAGCUGGCAGCACAAGACACAUUCUCAGAUCCGAUCGGAAACCAUGGCACCUCGCAAAGGAUUCCUAUUCCGCUGCCAUCAACGUCAAUCAAACCCGCAUUGCCUGACAUGGUAAAUCGUUAAGACAGUUCGAUUGCCGAUGGCGCGCUAAGAUCUGGAACUACGACCGAUAGGGUCAAGAAAGGGUGGGCGCGCGCGCAAAAUCAGGCCUUGUGUGACAGGAAAACACUUAAGAUAUGCUCUGACACGAAGCGUGUGGAAUGCAGCUUCAGUACUCUCGUGCUGGAGCAAGCCCAUGCAGUGGUUGCAAUUUCCGCCAAUGCAGGCAAGCAACCAAAAGCACAAAGCAAGCGGCAUCAGAUGACGAACCAGGGUGACCCCUGGCGAUACCGCCGACACAAAUCUGGGAUAAUGGACACUGGCAUCUCAUAUGGUCACAGUGAGGGCGUGUUAUUAGCUCCGAUUCAGACCCUCGAUGAGCGGAUGAAUGGGCCGCCGGAGAUGGUUUACGGGAGGAGCUGGAUCGACCAAUCCUCCUCCAUGAUCGCUGGCUUAGCGGCCUGGUUCAACUCUAUCUCAGACUGACCUUCCGUAUCGAGCAUGGUGUCUUGAUGGCCAGGGCCUGCCGCCUCCUCGCUGGGCUGGCGUGGGUAAAGCAGUACUUGGACCCAGGGACGAUCCCUGGCACCUGGGAAGGGCGAAUGGCCGAUCCGCAGCAACACCAUUCCCUUCAAAAUGUCCACUCCCAACUACCACUACCGACUGCCAGUGUGCCGCCAUCAUGCCAUCUCUGGCAUUUCACGCCUCCCUGUUGCUCAUGGAAAUGCGUCAGUCAGCCAACCAGCAAUGGUUUGCCAGCAGGUAUUCCUCGGCCGGUUGAGAGCUUGGAAGCUCUUCCGCAAUCCACUUGCACACUGGCAUUGGCAUUGAUCAGAUCAUGCCUUUUCUUUCACAGCCACAAAUAUCCUGGUCGGUCGUAUUAGCACCGUAUCCCUCGCGCACGAUCCUCGCCUCGACAAUCGCCUCCGCCUCCGCCCUGGGUAUCGACGCUACCCAUCUACACAUACCUCAUGUUGGGAGUUAUCUCCCGCCCGUUCGUAUCCACUCGGUCAAAACAACUUCCUUUCAUGAUGACCGACGUUGUACGAGCCCCAAUUCUGCAGCUAACACUCGUCUUCUUAGGUACAAUAGCUUGGGUUGAACUCUACGCUACGUGUAAGCAGCGGCUCUUGGCCAGCAUCAUCCCGGUCUCAGGCCAGUUCGCUUCAAGUUCGUCUUGAUAGAAUUACUUCUGCCGUUUCGCCACUUUGUGUAUCUGUUCUCCCUGUGUUGCUUCCUUUCUUUGUGUGUGUACCGAGCUGCCACUUAUGUGUACUCCUAUGAGAGAUUGAUUUCUCAGCCAUUUCAAUUAUAAGGUCACUGUCGUUCGACAGAGAUACCUUUGUCUUGUGCACCUAUUACUGUUGCUAGCAGUAUCCGUGCUAUCUAUCUGUGAAAGUUUACUGGUGGCAAGAACAAGCCCAGUUCAUACCGCCUACGUCCAAGUCGUCACUUACCCCAGCAUUGGAAAGAGACAUUGCCGUGGUUCGGUUGUCGUUGAACAGUCGCCCUCAUUGUCGUGCAAGUCAAGUUUGUUUUGUUUCAAAAUGCCUCCUAUGAGGACCACACCGCCGGCAAAGGCGAUCAAGACCGAGCGGACUCACGAGGAGAACCAAGAGAGAGCUUAUAUCGCGGCCUCAAGAAGAAGUGAUCGAAGCCUGGAGGCUCGUGUCGAAUCGGCACGACGAGCCUCUGAAAUCCACAAACGCCGCACUGGCCGGUCACUCCGGGUGACGGAACAAGAUGUUAUCAACGAGGAGAUGUAUGAAGAGGAGGAUGACGAUCUGCCGCUCCAGUACCGCCGUCUUACAGCGCAUCUGCAGACGGGCUCCGCGGAUUUCAACCGACGACUAGCCGCGUACCUCACCAACCAAGUGGCCAUGAGAAGCGCGAUGGAACAAAUGAUGGCAAAUGGAUAUGCACAUUACCCUUCUCAGUCAGGGUUUGCAACAGCAACAGCACCAUCAUCUUCGAGACCGAACAUGUUCCCAUCUCCCAUGUUAUCACACCCCAAUAUGAGCAGUAUGGUGCCGCCGUCAGGCGCCGGCGGAUCCUACCGGACCGCCCCAUAUCCGUCCCCCCAUCAACCUAAUUUUCGCUCCGGCCACGGCAGAGCCUUCUCCAUGGCCUCGAUACCAACCCAUGACUUGAACAACCAAGGACGGCAGUCUCCUCCUUCAGCCAACUCAUCCUCCUCGGCGGACCCGCAGCAGGCCCCUUCGCUUGACCACCAUAGACGAAUGUCUACACCAGGGUCAAUACCACGAAUGGGAGAAUCACAACAGCAACAGCAGCAGCAGCAGAUCGAUACCACUGAUAGUGGCAGUGGCAUCAAGGCGGAACCAGAGUACCUGAGACAAGCUCAAUUAUCACCGCCCUUGUCGCACGCAGGAGGUGGAGGUGCCGGUGGAGGUGGUCUUGUAUUUUCGUCACCAUGGCAAGACCAACUGGGGGGUUUUACCACCACGUCGUUACCGCCCGAGGCUCAGCAGAUGCUCGCUCAUGCACCAGGUUUGGACCCCAGUGACCCCAGCUACGCCAUGCUCAUGCACGGGUCAGAUCAGUACAUUUCGAACAAUCGGUACUAUCCAUGGCACGGCAACGGUCACGACAAUUCUGGCAACCCGCUCAAAGGCAUGCCUGUUCAUGACCACACUUCAGCGUACCAAGCUACUGGAUUCGGCAUGUCGGCGACCCUGGCGCCCUCGGUUCUUGAACAACAGAAUCCCAACGGUAGUUCUACCACCAGGAAUGACAGCCACAGCAGUACCAGCAGUGGUGCAGAAUCCACCCCGACGACUACUACAAAUCUCACACACGGCAAGUCGUCCAUUUCAGCGGCUAGUGAUGCCACCACCACCACCUCGCUUUCCUUGUCGUUGCCUCUCCCGACCGCCGGGUUAGAUUUCAAUUUCAGUCAGGAGACCAUGGCGCUCUCGAAAGGUCUUGAGUUUGGUGCGGGCAGCGGUGCCGGGGUUGGUGGUAUGAGCGCUGUCACAUCUGGUCAAAUUACCCCUGCGGCCGAGGGGUUCUGGGACCACUUUGUAAUGGAUGGGAGUUGGGAUGAUGGUGGUGAUAUUGAAGUCGACGUUGGUGGUGGUAGCGGAGGUGAGGGUGAGGGUGUUUAAUCUCUUAUCUGCCUGAUUUUGUGGAUAAUGUCCAGGAGAACGAACAAAAAGAAAAUUUGCGCGGCGUUAUGGCGACAUUUUAUCUUCCUGGGUCUAUUACUGCUACUAUUGUCCACUCUUGAAAUAAUACCUUAGGUACAUAAAUUCUAAUGGUAAGCAAUAAAAAGCCAACGAGACUGGAAAGGAACGGAGUUGGAAGUUUUGCUACUGA